ACAUCAUGAGACCUUACCCGAGACCCCUGGGGCUUGCUCGAAUCCAGAGCUCACCCCACCCCAAUGAGAUACCAAAUACGCAACGGUCUCCAGGUCACUCUACUUCGGCCUCCAUAGUGGUAACCAAGAACAAAUUCAUCGAAAAACUGCAGCCGAUCAAAUGCAGCAUCUGUCUCGAGGAUUACAACAGCGAUCAUGUACCGGUCGAGCUUCCAUGCAGCCACAUAUUCGGCGGCCACUGCAUCGUCGAACAGACGGAAAGUAGGAUGCCAAACAACAACCGGUGCCCGCUCUGCCGACACGAGCUGUUUGAACAAGAGGACUUCCAUUCAUUCGACAAUGCCUUCUACAGCAGUGACGAAGCGCUGGUUGAAUUCAAUGAUUACGACGACUCAACAGAUGAGGACGAGAGAGAACUUGAGGAACAACAAAGUCGACAGAUGCUUGCUGCGCCUCUGAAUACCCAGCUAGCACGUCGUACACAACCCACGAGCAGUAUUUCUCUGGCUGGAAUCACUAGCGCACCAAGAACGGAGCGCAAUAAUCGUUAUCAGGAGUUUAGGGAGCAUGCUGACCGAAUACGCGAAUCGAGGAGGGCGCCCAGUUCAAAAUCACUCAAACGCUUAAGAACAUACACUGAGGUCGAAGAAGAAUCAGAUUCGGGAUCUGAUGAAUAUGAGUACGAAUCAGAAGAAGAAAUCGACUCUGCAGAUGAACGUGAGGAGAGGCGCACCUACAAACUCCUACCAGGCGAAUACGACACAACCCUACCUGGCCAGUCCUCUGUAUCACACUGAUCAUGGAUGUUAGUUUGGGGAUUGGUGUCAGAUUUGAUGUUGAACCGUAGUCUUGUGCCUACUACUGGCACUAUUAAGUGACAUGGGCGAUUUGGGGAAUUAAUACCAGAAACGGGCGUUUUAACAAGGUUUGCUCAACAUCAAUGCGAUGUCUGAUUGAUGGAAACCAGUCGAAGCUAUGUGCAGAUUGCAUGCCUUCAGCUCUCAGGCUUCUGACUUGUCUAGCAUAGAGGAUGAAAAUCAGACCAAAUUGUAC